AUGAAUGUAAAUAACCAAUUCGUGAUAGGAAAUUCAUCAUUUCAGAAUUGUCAUUCAUUAAAGAUCAUCAUCUAUCCAAAUUGUCUGAAUUCGAUCAAACCAUUUGCAUUUAUGGAUUGUUCGAGUUUAACAGAGAUUUCAUUACCAGAUAGUCUUGUGGAAAUUAGUGAAAAAUCAUUCUUUGGUUGCACAUCAUUGCGUGUUAUAUCACUUCCGAUGAACUUGAUUUCUUUAGGAAACUAUUCAUUUUCUAAUUGUAAAUCAUUAAGAGAAAUUGUUAUUAAUUCAAAUUGUUCUAUUGAUCAAAGUGUGUUUGAUGAAGACUAUAAUAUUGAAAAUAUUAUUAUUAAAAACGAAAACAAAGAUAUAUUUGAACAAAAGAUUCUUCAUCAAUCAGUUAAAUCUAUCACAUUUUCAUCAUAUUUCAAAGAAUAUCCAACAAUUUUAGAUUUUAAUCAUAUUGAACAUGUUUCUUUCAUUACAGAACAUGGUGACUCAAUUAUCAACGACAAUUUCGUUAAUUCAACAAAUCUGAACAUCAACAUCACAGGCAACAUUCAUCAGAUUUCAGACAACUCAUUUUCUCAUAGUCAUAUCAACAACUUUUUAUACUGUGGUAAUCAAAUUGUCGAAGGUAAAUUCCUUUCUAAUUCUCAAUCAUAUAACAAUAUUUCAGUUUAUAAACACUAUCCAUCCACAUCAAUUGGUGGUGCCCCAGCCAAACGAGAUGUAGAAUGUCCUAAUAUUCAAUCUCAAACAUUGAAACUCAAACCAGUUUAUAUAGUAUUGAUUAGUAUAGGCUGUGCUAUUAUAGUUACAGCUAUUAUUAUUUUAUUCAUAAGAAACCAUAUAAUUCGUCAAUCCCAAAAGAGAAUUGAAGGAAAAGAGCUAUUGCAAAAAUUAGUUAAUGAAGAUUUCGGGUGA